AUGGUACUUAAGGACAUACACGUCCGUGAAAAUAUCAAUAUGGAUAAUAAUCAUCGUUCAACCGGCACAACACUCACGAAUAAUCCAGCCACAACGUUCACCUCACGUCGUGGCUACACCUUUUCGGGCACCACACUCUUCCUCAUUGCCGCCUGUUUCCUAUGCACGCUACUCGCGGUCAGUUUCAUAAUUUACAAUGUGGCAACGUGUGAACAGCCACUUACACCGCUGGCGGAUGAGGAAGUUAUUUGUACGACCGUUAAGAAGCAUGUACUGAAAUCGAGUAACGCCGACGCUGACGAGGCUAAAACGCGACCACACUACGAACGUGACGUACGCCUGCCGCGUACGAUGAAACCACAGAAAUAUAAUAUUUCGCUGGUACCCUAUCUGCUGUAUAACAAUUUCACAUUCGAAGGGGAGGUGCACAUUCAAGUGAUUGUGCUGGAGGACUGCUAUAACAUUACCAUGCAUGCCACCGAGUUGAACAUCACCAAAAAUGAUGUCUCCGUGCGUCAUAUAGGCAUGUCAACAGCGACGACGGCAUUGCAGCCAGCUUUGGCGCAGUAUGCACAGUUUGUACCGGAAAUUGGCGGUGCAGAGCUGAGGAUACGAAAACAAUACAUGCUUGAGCGUAAGCAAUUUUUCAUCAUCGAACUGUAUGACAAACUAAUAAAGGGUGGCGUGUACGAGAUAAACAUCCGGUUCAGUGGUCUAAUACAGGACUAUCUGCAGGGAUUCUAUCGCAGCUCGUAUCAAGUGGGCAAUGAAAAGCGUUGGUUGGUCUCCACGCAAUUUCAAGCUACCGACGCUAGACGCGCUUUUCCCUGUUUCGAUGAGCCAUCAUUAAAGGCGAACUUUACCUUAAAAAUAGCACGUCCACGCAACAUGACGACAGUCUCCAACAUGCCCAUCGUUUACACCAGGAAACACGAGUACCUCACGGAUUAUGAAUGGGAUCAAUUUGCAGAAACCCUACCCAUGUCUACGUAUCUGGUCGCCUACGCCAUCUCGGACUUUGAUCACAUUGCCGCUGGUAACUUUGCGGUGUGGGCACGCAAGGACGCCAUACAAUCGGCGAGUUAUGCGCUGAGUGUGGGACCACAAAUAUUAAAAUUUCUUGAAGAGUAUUUCGAUUUGCCAUUCCCUUUGCCGAAGAUCGAUAUGAUUGCAAUACCGGAUUUCCAAGCAGGCGCUAUGGAGAACUGGGGUUUGAUAACUUAUAGGGAGACUACAAUGCUGUAUGAGGAGGGUGUUUCGUCUACAACCUACAAACAACGCAUCGCCAGCGUUGUUGGACACGAGCUGGCUCAUCAAUGGUUUGGCAAUUUGGUAACGCCCAGUUGGUGGUCGGAUAUUUGGCUGAAUGAAGGCUUCGCCAGCUAUAUGGAGUACAUAACGGUUGAUGCCAUUCAUCCGGAAUGGAAACCGCAAGAUCAAUUUGUGGUUUCCGAAUUGCAAAAUGUUUUCCAAUUGGAUGCGCUGUCGUCGUCGCAUAAGAUUUCGGUUGAGGUCUUUAAUCCAGACGAAAUUUCUGAGAUUUUCGAUCGCAUCUCGUAUGGUAAAGGUUCGACCAUAAUACGUAUGAUGAGUCAUUUCCUAACAACCAAAGUUUUCCGUCGUGGUCUCAGCAAAUACUUGAGAGAAAUGUCUUAUCAUGCGGCCACACAAGACGACUUAUGGCGUUUCCUAACUACAGAGGCGAUUGAAGCUGGUUUACUGGGUAAAAACACAAGCGUUAAAGAGAUCAUGGAUACGUGGACCCUGCAAGUGGGUUUUCCUGUGCUCACUGUAACACGCUCACCAAGCACACACGCCAUUCGUAUGGAACAACAACGUUUUAUAUUCUCAAAUCAAUCGGACGGUGACAAAUCAGCCGAUGAAGGUGGUCCACUUUGGUGGAUACCGAUUACAUACACCACCUCGAAGGAGUUGAAUUUCGAGAAUACACGUCCCAUCACAUGGGUGCCACGUAGUGAAGUGUAUGAGAUUGAGGAUCGUAAUCUUUCCACAGCGGAAUGGUUCAUCUUUAAUAUACAACAAACUGGUUACUAUCGUGUCAAUUAUGACGCGGACAAUUGGAAAGCCAUUACGACACAUCUCAUGCGAUCGGAUAAAUAUCGCAGUAUAGGUCCAGCCAAUCGUGCACAACUGAUUGACGAUGCAAUGAACUUGGCACGCGGCGCGUACCUGAGCUACGAGACGGCGUUGAAUUUGACGCGAUAUCUCAGGCAUGAACUGGAUCAUGUGCCAUGGAAAGCGGCCAUUACGGCAUUCAAUUUCCUGGACUCGAUGUUGGUGAACCAGGGAGAUUAUGAUUUGCUAAAGAACUAUCUUUUAGACCUACUUAUAAAUGUCUACAAAGACGUAACACCGAAAAACUUCACCGACGACGCCGACGAGGGUGAAGACAUGCUGAAAUUAUUUAAACGUGUGGAGAUUUUGAACAUGGCAUGCCAUUUGGGUCAUCGCCACUGUGUUUUGGAGAGCGCAAGACACUUUCACAAUUGGAUCGAAGUGCCGAAUCCGGAUAACAAUAAUCCAAUACCGCCAAACUUGCGUGGCAUCGUCUAUUGCACCGCACUGCAGUAUGGCAAUGAGUAUGAGUGGGACUUUGCGUUCGAGCGCUAUCGCAUGUCGACGGUCUCAACGGAAAAGGAACUGCUACUGAGCGCACUGGGUUGCUCACUGGAGCCGUGGAUUUUAUCGCGUUACUUGCGACGCGCCAUUAGUGGCGGCGACAUACGGAAACAGGAUGUGUUUAGGGUAUUUGCAGCUGUGUCGUCUAAUGUGGUGGGCCAACAGAUCGCUUUCGAUUUCCUGCGCAGCAAUUGGAAUGAAAUUAAGAAUUACUUGGGUUCCACCAUGUCCAAUUUGAAUAUGAUAUUGAAAUUCGCCACAAAGCGUAUGAAUACGAAAUAUUUCCUAGCCGAAUUGGAAUCCUUCGUCAAAACGGAUGUCAAGGAUAAUGGUCUGUCCAUACAGCAAAUUCUCGAGCAGGUGCGCAUUAAUGUGGAUUGGAUGACAAGGAAUUAUCAGGAUAUCAUAGCAUGGUUAAUGCGUGAAGCAACUAUAAGGCAACAACAACAGCAACAGCUUAAUGAUACUUCCUCAGCGUUGCACUGAGGAGUUGAAAAAUUGCUUUUGAUUUUUAUAAAAUUUGGUGUAUUUUUAUUGUUGUAAAAUAGUAUUGUACUCUUGCAUUGCCCUUAUACAUAUAUACAUACAUAGGUAAGUGUGUAAGUGCUUUGAUAUUGUGUAAUGGAACAUAAUUUUUUUUUCGAAUAUAUUCGAAUAUUCGAAGUAAUUUCACUGGGGAAAACUGCAAUGGCAUGCGACCGGCAGUUGUAAUCACGAGUGAAACAGACACAUUCAACUUUAACGUACUAUAUAUAUAUAUAUUUACAUACAUAAGUAAAAUGUUCAUAUUUGCUUACAUACAAACACACAUAAACACACAUACGAAAUAUUUAAUACGAAAUUAAUUACGUCAUAAUUACUUUAGUUUCUUAACAAAAAUACAUACAUACUCGUACAUACACAAAUAUACAUGCAUAUACAUAUACAUAUAUUUUAUA